UUGUUUUGUUUUGCAUUAUUUCGUGAUUAUUUAUUUAUAUUUAUUCACAAUGUAUUUCAGUCAAAGAACUUUUCGGAAAACUAUCUUUAAGUUGAGUUAAUAUGAUAUAUUGCGUUAUUGAAACUAUAUAUUUAAUUGUUCUUAAUAACAAGAAAUCGAUUUUGGGAUUUAUACAGUAAAAAAUAAUAAUGGCUCGCAUAUCAAUGUGCAGAGUUUGUUUGACUGAGAAUGUAAGAAUGCAUGUGUUGACUGAUACUCCACUUCAGGGAGUAUAUGAAAAACUAACUAAUACAUCGCUAAUGUCGGAUGUGAAGCCAAUAACAAUAUGUUAUCUGUGCUAUUCUCAACUGAACAAGUGCUGGCAGUUUGUUGAGAAAUCAAUGAAAGCCAAUGAGCUGUUGACACAAAUUCUGGGUUCUGAUGUUGAACUAACAGAAAAAUCACUAACAACAAUUGACAGACAGUCCUACCAGUUUAUGUACAGACUGCAAGUUUCACCUGUAGAAUAUAUGAGUAUAGAUGCUGAAAAUAAUUUAACCAUGGUCAAGGAGGAACUUGGUAUAUCAUAUGAAAGGAAUGAAGAAGUUAUAAAAUGUGAAACAGUCAUAGAUUCUCCCGAAAAAUGCAAUUCACAAGACUCAGAGGAUGAUGUACCGUUACAUGAUAUUAGUACGAAGAAAAGAGACAGAAAUAGAUUAAGGAGUUCAAAAAUACUCGGCGAGACUGUAUGCAGAAGCAAGAAAGUGGAUGGUUCCUCUCUUAAAAUUGAGGAAUCAGAAUUAAAUGGAAAUAAAAGAAAGACUGAAAUGGGAGACUGUGGGGAUGAUGAAGAACAGACCAGUCAAGCGACAGAAUUAGAUAUGUUACAUACAGAUUCCGAAGAUGAACCUCUGUAUAAUAUCAGUAAUAACAAAGCAAAGAGACAAGUCCAGACAAGAAGUAAGAAAGGAACGGAACAGAACAGAAAAUUCAAAAGAGUAAACAAAAUGGAGGCGCGGGAAAUAAUUCUAACGAAAGAUCAGCAGUUACAAGAACUAAUGGAGCGUUCUAAGUCAUUAAACUUCUUAAAUUCACCGUACAAAUGUGAUCUGUGUUAUAAAGGAUUUGUUGAUCUGAGAGCGUAUGAAAACCAUAAAGAAAAACAUGACGAGCGGCGCGGCGGACACGAGUGCGGCGUGUGCCGGCUGCGCUACGGCAGCUCGCGUCAGCUGCGGGCGCACGCGGCCGCCUCACACGCGCGCCGGUACGCCUGCCACCGCUGCGACCACCGCGCACACACCGCUAAUCAAGCACGGGAACACGAGAAGUGGCACAAUGGAUACACGUAUGAAUGUCAACUGUGCAGCCAUAAAUUCAGGAAACCAACAUCGUAUUUAACACACAUGCGUAAAAGACACCCCACCGAGCACGUGUGCGUGACGUGCGGCGCCAGCUUUGUGGGUCGACAUGGACUUCUCAUGCACCAGAGCAAAACACACGGCUACAAGAAAAAUAUAUCAGAUAAGGCAGAUGAACCAGCCACCGACAGAUUUUGUGUGGAAUGCAACAUACAGUUUGCUAGUGUUGAAGCGUGGAAGUGGCACGUAUUGAGUUCAGUGAAACACAAGCUAACAGGCGAGAACAGUGCUGUGUGUGGUAUUUGCGAUACCAAGGUGUCUGCUGCGGACACGCGAGCUCAUCUCCGGCGUCAUCUCCCCGCGCAGCCUCCGCCCCCCGCGCCCCGCGCACGUCUCUCCUGCGAACAGUGUGGUGGAAAUUUCGUGAACCGAUCAAAACUGCAAGCGCAUAUUAAAAGGGUUCAUCUCGGACUGAAGUACAAUAAGAAUAUUGUGUGCGAAGUUUGCGGCAAGAAAUGUACCUCGAAUGCCUCACUGCGCUAUCACCAGCGCACACAUACGGGCGAGAAGCCCUACUCGUGCGCGACAUGUUCGAAGAGGUUCUCUGAUAACAACCAACUGCGGAUACACACGAGGACUCAUACCGGCGAGCGGCCGUACUGCUGCGCCGCCUGCGGGAAGAGGUUCAGCCAGAAGCCUGCACUCAACAGGCACUAUAGGGUACACACGGGGGCGAAGCCCUACGAAUGUCAGUUUUGCUCUAAAACCUUCAGUCAGUCCAACUCUCUAAAACUCCACGUGAGGACAGUCCAUUUGAAAAUGCCGCCUAACAAUAAACGAAAUAAGGUUCAAAAUCAAGAAGACGCAGAGAAGAAAACUGAGGAAGUCACAGUACAAGCCUUGUGAAUAUUUAUUAAGAAAUAAAGAUUUUUUUACA